AUGUAUAAUGAAUCAUAUUUACAAUAUGGAUUUACAUUUUCUGCCGGUACACAUGACGAACAACUACCUUUAUGCUUAUUAUGCAAUGAUAUUUUGGCGGCUGAAAGCAUGAAGCUUUCAAAACUACUAAGGCAUUUCAACACGAAACAUGCUGCUUAUUCAAAAAAGCCUAUAGAAUGUUUUCAAAGUUUAUUAAAGUCAUCAAAUCAAAGCAAAUCUUUGUUAGAAAAGUAUGCUUUUACUCAGGAAAAAUAUCUUUUAGCAUCUUACCAAGCAUCAUAUCUAAUAGCAAAGGCUAAAAAACCAUACACAAUUGGAGAAGAACUUGUUUUACCUACUGCAGUACAAAUUACAGAAACUAUUCAUGGAAAAAAGUAUGCAGAUGAAUUGCGGAAAAUUCCUCUCUCCAAUGAUACAGUUACUAGAAGGAUUUCAGAAAUUAGCUGUGAUCAGUUUCAGCAACUUAUACAAAGAAUUAAAGAAAGUCCAAAAUUUGCAAUUCAGCUGGAUGAAUCAACAGAUAUUACAAAUUUAGUUCAACUCUUGGUCUAUGUUCGAUAUAGCUACGCCCUUAAUAUACAUGAAGAUUUGCUGUUUUGUCGGCCAAUGAACAAUCGUACAACAGGCGAAGAUAUUUUUUUACAAGUUAAUGAUUUUUUCAAGAAAGAAGGAUUAGACUGGGAUAACUGUAUUGGUGUAUGUUCUGACGGUGCAGCAGCAAUGAAGGGACAGCGUGUCGGAUUUCUAGCAGAAGUUAAAUCUAUUACAAAUGGCCAUAUCGUUCUUAUUCAUUGCAUCAUCCAUCGAGAAGCAUUAGUAGCUAAAAAAAUAUCACCAGAUCUUAAUGUGGUCUUAAAUGAUGCCAUACAAUCACUUUCUACUGAAUGUUCAAACUCAAUAUCCAGCGAAAGCUGGUUCGAUAUCGACAAAUUCAUAAAUGAUUUUGAUGAUCUCCGGUCUGAGUGUUUAACUGAAGAAAAUUCGGGUGAUAAAGAAGAGCUGAAAAUGCAACUUUGUUCAGGAUUUUCAGUUCUAUUAUCACUUUCGAAAUUAUUUUCAAUUAUAUCGAAGCAUUCAUGUGAUGAACUCAAACGCGAGCUCAAUGAUUUAGAUGCAAAAUAUUGCACGAAAUAUAUCAGACGAAUAUCUCUUAACUCUAAGAAAUCGAAAGAAGAACGUCAAAAUUUAAUCUCUGAACCCGAAGACGAUCCGGAUAAUCCUUCAACAUCUGCAAACGCGGAAUAA